ACGACUAGUAUGCCGAAAGCUACGUGCUUAACUCAUAGAUCUAUACUGAAUAAUGGGAAGAGUAUCGAUGAUAGAACGCUCCGACUAAUAAGGAUGUUAUAUGCUGCCCUCCGCCGUUGUUUCAGUAUUCCUUACUCUUGGCCUCACCCCUCCAAUUCUUACUACUAACGAAGAACUAGCUGUUUUGGUAGCAUCCUAGGCUACAUGGCCUGCGCGACUCAUGCCACCUGCAUCGUAUUCCCCACCGAAUGCUUCGACGACCAGGCAACUCUUCACACCGUGUGGCAGGAAAAGUACGCCGAACUGUAGGGUACGCCGGCAAUGCUCACAGCAGAGCUAGAACGGCUAGCUGGUGAGGAGGUGGGGAAGAAAGGGUUCAAGCAUGUAAGGGCUGGGAUUGCGGCAGGAAGUAGUAUUCCGAAGGAAUUGAUGAAGAAGUGGCAUAGAGAGUUGAGCCUGACAGAGUUGAGUAUGCGACCCCCAGGUGCUGCAGGUGUGAGGGGAAGGGAAGACUAAUGAAGUCCUCAGCUGGGGUGGGAGUGUAGCUAUCUGUUAUGGGUGAGUGAAAGACGUAUCUUAUGGAUGGCCGUAUAAUGGCUAAUGGGGUUCAUAGAAUGAUUGAAACCUCACCGGUUUCUACAGUGACUACCACCAAUGACCCGCUUGAGAAGCGAGUCAAUAGUGUUGGCAGGUUAAUGCCGCACGCUGAGUGCGUCCAUUCCUCUCCUCCUACCCUCUUGCAAAAGGGCUACUGGAACGACCCAAUCCGUACAGCAGGAGUCAAGACUAAAAAUGAGAGCGGGAAGUUGUGGAUGCAUGUACUCGUAGGUGGUUUCCCACAUCACCCCUACUACUUGCUUCCUUCUGUCAUAGAGCGGAUUAAUUGGAUUGUGCCGGGUAGACUGGAGACAGAGCAGAAUUGCACAAGAAUGGGUAUAUCAAAAUGAAAGGGAGAUUAGGAGAUCUGACCAUGUGGGGUGGGGAAAAUAUU